UCUCGACCUGAUCCUAGAGCGAGAUUAAUUUAGUUAUUUGUUCGUAAACAGAUCUGUAUUUCUUGCCAAGAAACAUUGCCAAGUUAGGAUAUAACUAUUUUGCAAAUAUACGGUUAGCUAGAUAUUAAAGAGACCUCUUACCAUCUCUGUAUACUGGUUUACAAAGGGGGUAGGGUCUGAAAUGUAAAGCUAAACUCGCCUUCCACCGGAAGCGCAGCUGAACUAGAUAUCAUUAGUACGGGACGUCUGGAUGGAACAGCAAACUGGAAUUUUAUCAAGGAAUUUGUUGGGCACGUCUUGGGGCAAGUUUGGUAAAGCCACAUAUCCGCAUUGGGCGCAGAGCUCUGACCGAGCCCAUGUAAUGAUGUUGUCUUCUGUUCCGGUUGAUCCAAGAGUUGGUCAGCAGCUGCCCGGCACCACGUCGGUGGGUCCGGUGGGUCCAUGCCCCUCUCUCUCCCAGCUGUACAAUGAACGACUGGCCACUGGGUGCAGAGAGACUAGCAAGGACCAGAGGACUGCUGUGGAGGGUGGAGGACCUCUGGUGACUAUGUCUCACAGACCAGCAGAGAGCAGAGCUAGAGAGAGUACUCUUGGGAUGGACUCUUGUGUGAAAGAGAGACAGACCCCGGCAGAGCACAGGCAGAGGGCUUUGGGCUCAGUCUCCAGUCUGAGAGGUCCUGUCUAUGGGACUGUAGGCUCUUCUGACUUCAGAAGAACAGAGACACAAGUGUCAGACCAGGUCCAAGGCAUUCAAAGACCCGGCAACAAAGGCAAUGUCUGGGUUCAUCCAAAACAACUAGAGCCUACCUCCCCUCCUCCGCCUCAGGUGUGCCCCCCUGAGCCUGCUCCCCUGGCUGGCCCCACAGGAGAGCAGCUGGGGACCCUGAAGCGCUGCCUGGAAGCCCACCAGACAGAGAUGAAGCGGCUGCUGACGGGGGCCCUCGGCUCCCUGUGCCAGCGUCUGGAGGUGGUGGAGAGGAGGAUGGAGCAGCUCUGUGAGCAGGGCACCACACAUGACAACAGUCUGGCUCUGCUCAGCACCCAGGUGGGCCAGCUGGCAAGAGGGAUGACCGCCGCUGCCACCAAACAGGACCUGUCACCUCUCCAUGGUCUGGGAAAGGAACCAAGAGCGCUGAAAGAAGAGAAGGUGGACUUCACCAAGUUGUUACCACACAGUCCAAACCCUUCGUGCAAUAUGGGCUCCUCAGGAACAGAUUUAGACAAGGGGAGCGUCACUGGAUGUCAAUGGAGGAUGACGACAACAUAUUCACCCAGCCACAGUCCGGCCCAGAGCGGUGACCACAAAGAGGGGUUAGGUGGGAAAAAGAGAAGAACAGAGUCAGGCCGGUCUUUAUUCUCCAUGGGAAAAACUCAGUCUGAGGGGGUCACGGAGGGGUGCAUACAGGGGAACUACUCCCCUGUGUCAGACUUUGAGGAUCUGGACAUGGAGCUGGCGGCCGAGAAGGGGCGGGUCGCUCUCACCUGGUUGGUCAAAUCUGCCCUGGUGGACACAGAAUCUAGUGACAGCCAGGAAGUGCCCCUUCCAUCCCCUUCUCAGAAGGCACAAUCUGGGGACACUCAAGGGAACAGGAGAGAGAGUAUGGAGACACAUCCACACUCUCCUCAUGUACACUUCCCCACUGAAUCCCAAGGCCAGUCCAAAAGCACUGAGGUCCCCAAGUGUCCACUUACAGGUAAGGGUAGGACUAUGGCUGCAUUUCCUGAGGGGGUCCAGUUGAGCCCUAUAGGAGCUUGCUCUCUGUCGCCACAUUCCGUUAAAGUCGUAGGGUCAUCUGGUUCUGAGCACACGGGCAGAAUAGCUCCUGCUCCAACUAAUGUCCAGCUUAGGAUCACCAGCCCACCUCGCACUGACCACACGGCCUACGCUCAGUCCUCCAAAGAGACAGAGAAAGACCGGAAGCCUGAGAGGAAGAGGCGGAACAAGAGGGAAGCUAAGGCACACUUGGUCGGUGAGUUUAACUCCACCGCCACCAUGUCCGUCAAGAGUAGCUUCUCCACCCAGAUACAGGACCAACCGCAGGUUGGUGUUGGCAAGGAGGCAGCCGAGGAGAGGCAGCAGAGUCAACAACACAAGCGGUUUGUAGAGGGUAUGAGGGUGUCAUAUGGUGGGCGAGAAAAUCAGACUCUAAACUUUACCAUACCUCCCCAUCAGCAACACUCUCCAUUGUCCCACGCCCAGCUGAAGUCUCCAGACAGAGCGUCAUCAGGUUCAGUCUUUGCAUCCUAUUCCCGGUCCCCUCUGCCCUCCCCACCCAUGUCUGGCUACAUGGACCCUCAGAAGGGCAAACAAGCCACGGAUCGAUCCCUCCUGCCCUUCCACUCUACCAGCCCCUCUCUAGACUCCUCCAUAGUCUCCAAGCUCUCCUCUCCCCGAAAUGGCUCUAAUACAUCUCUCAUGGUUGGUGUUAGAUCCAUCCACCACCAAGGCCAGGCCCUCCUGCUCCAGCUGUCGGACACAGCCAGCCAGCUCGUACCUUCCAGUCCUUCCCCGGAGCUCCCCUCACCCCCGGAUGGUGGUCAAAGCAGACGGGGGAACCUCCCGCGCUUCUUCAACUCCAAGCUCAAGAACCACUGGAAUAAGGACCGGCCCUCCUGUAAGAAGCGGCUGCUGAAAGGCGUUCGCAGCACUAGCGGCGCUCUAGCCAUGUCUCUCCCGGAGCUGGAGGAGGAGACGUCGCAGCACCACUGGCAGCCCCUGGUGAUUCUGGGCAGCCCAGUCUUGCCUCUCUCCCCCCUGCAGCUGGGGCCCCUAGCCCAGACCUUCUCCUCCUCCUGCUGUAGCAGCAAGGUCCUGGACCGAGACAUGUCCACCCUGCAGCGCGGCCUCUUCGACGCCACGGGCCAGUUCCCCAUGUCCCUCUUCAGUCAGAUGGGCUUCUCCAAGCUCUCCAAGGGGGGUCUGAGCACCGUGCUGGCCGCAUCCUCCUCCGCCUCCUUCCGCCGCUGGUUCAGACAUAAGCGCCCCACGCCCCUCAUGAAGCUGUCGGCCACAGCGGUGGAGACGGUGAUGUUUCAGAUUAUAGAGUCACGGAAGAAGUACAUGUAUCCUCCCCUCAAGGACUACACAGGCCCUCCUGGCCUGGACAAUGACCACAGUUAUGCUCAAUCAUGCAGUCAAGAGGCUACCUCUGUCAGAAAUUCUAGCACAGCAAGCAGUAUGUCUCUCACCUUCCCACCCACACGGCGACGUAGGGUCAGAUUCACCCCAGAGCGGGCCCUUUCCAGCCCCAAGACAAGUCAUAGCCACAGCCCCAAGACCAUGCGUCUGGAUAACCAGCCCGAGCCUGUGCCCAGCUUAGCUAUCGCCAGUGCCAACGUCAAAUACCCCGGUCUGCAUGGGCAUGGCCGCAGCCCAUCCAGAGAGGGAGGUCUGUAUGAUGCGAGUGUGGGGACCCAGCCAGGCCAGCGCUACAAGAGGGUAUCCCAGAUCCGCAUUCGGAAGACUGUUCCCAAACCAGACAACAACCUUACUCCCAUGGGCCUGCCCAAACCAAAGAGACUGAAGAAGAAGGAGUUCAGCUUGGAGGAGAUUUACACCAACAAGAAUUACAAAUCACCCACUCCCAACAGGAGCCUGGAGACCAUCUUCGAGGAGCCCAAGGAGAAGAACGGAUCGCUGGUCUGCAUCGGCCACCAGAAGAGGAAGCGCGUGCUGGACUUCCCUGACUUCACACUGCCGCGCAAACGCAAAGCCCGGGCCAACAUGGCGCCCCUGCGUGUAAAGGGCCCCAGGGGGCGUGGUCGGCGGGGGAGGCCUGACGAUGCCGACCUGGAUGUCAUGCUCAUCGAGAGGCUGAGCGAGCUGGAGGACUUCUUCACCCGCCAAAGCCUGGAGGACUGAGCAGUCCCAUAAUACCCCCUCUUUUACAUCCAAAUACAUAGACUCUCAUAAAUGGUACCCUAUUCAUCAUAUAGUGCUCUACUUUUGACCCAAGCCCAUCGGGUCAAAAGUAGCACAUUAUAUAGGGAACAGGGUAUCAUUUGUGACAUGCUACACACAUGUAUUGCACCCAGUUCAUCAUUCUCCGUUUUUGGACAGCUUGUUUUGUCAAUUGAUUAGGAUUAUGAAACUGGAUUGUGUUUUAAUAAUUCGAGUGUGUAAAGAGAUGUAUAUGAUCGUGUUAGGUUUUGCUACUUCGGGGCCCUUGAAAUGCCCAGACAUUCAGUUGUUUUGUUUUAAAACUGGCAGCCUUUGAAGUGCUCGAAAAAAAAAUCUACUUAAUGCGUGCCUUUAUGGAAAUGUAAACUCAAUCCAGCAAAGAGAUGAUUUUUAUGAUCGAUAAUGAAUAGUGGUUGAACAAUUACUAUUUUGUUCUUAGGAACUAUAAUUGAAACUGUGAUAACUGAGAAUUUGGGGCACUCAUACUUGGAUGUGUACGUUCGUGCACACACUCAUGGAUCUUUCGCAUGUGAACACUCGCGUGUAUACUACACAAGCACAUGGACGACAAGUUCGACAACCCAUACCUGAGCACUUUCCUUACCUCAUUCAGAUUUCUCAUCAACUCAUUAAAUUGUUGUUUUGAACGGGACCUUGUGAGGACACAACUGUUUCUGACGGAGCCAAUGGUAUCUGUGCAGCUUUACUCCCCUGACGACAGCCUCACUGCUAGCCUGGCCUUAGGAAUGGAUGUAACUGACCACCAUUAGCACCUUGGAUGGGUGCCUCAUGUCCCUCUAUACCUCCUCAUGCAUUGUUGGGAAAGAUGCUACAUGUGGGGGCAUCAGUUCAGUACAUCCCCCUGAAAACCCGACUGGGAUCUAGAUGAUGAGCACUGAGUGAUGAGGAUUUUCCAUCCUGAAUCAUUGUGAAACAAUACGUAUAUUUUGCAGUAUUUGUUAAUCAUGGACUUUUUCAUCAACCUUUUUCUUUACAGUCUUCUUUUUCACCUGAUGUGCAUCAUCCGGUCCAUCUGAUGUGCGAACAUGAUUCGAUACAGAUAUGUGAAAAUGUGCAUUUCCUAUAGAUGGUACCUUAAUCUCUACUUCAGUGUUGAGGACCUAGAUCAGGGCAAACUACGAGCCCAUUCAAUCUGGCCCACGGGAGGUUUGAGUAAAAGAAGUAUAAAAUGAAAAUUAUUAUUUUGGGUUAGAAAAAAUACUUCAGGCCACUCUUGAUCGUCUAAAUCAAGAUACUAUGUAGAAAUUAUAAUGGACCUGUAUAUUUCCAAAUAACUGAAAAAGUUCUGGCCCGCAAAUUGAUUUUCACAAACAAAUCGGUCCCAGAAAAAUCUGUGCGGCCCUCCAUUGAAUUUCAAAAUCCCAAUGUGGCCCUUAAGCCAAAAAGUUAGCUUUUCCCUGACCUAGCUACACAGUCGUACUACGAGGACCUUUUGGGUCGAAAGGCCUCUACAGUGGCGGUUUAAGUCCCUUGGCUCACUGUAAAGGACUCAGUAUCCAUGGAAAUGGUCAUUCAGUAGAAAUUGACCUCAUCUUUGAUCACAAACUGGAAUUUUUAUGGAUUCACAGAAUUGGUUCCUUCCUGUGGAUUGGCUUUCAUUUUUGGCGCAUCAUUUUCCUUUGGACAUAUGAAAUAUGUAACGUGUUUGUGGAUUUUUUUGUAGGCAGCCCCUUUUUUGUUUAAACUGUCAUAGACUUCAAACUCCUCUGCAUAGUGACUCUUUUGACAGCAUUGACCAUGUCUGUCUCCCAGUAUUCUAAUGCUGGGUGGUCACAGGUUAGGGUUAUUCAAUUGUCUGGCUGUGAUAUGUCCCCAUCUUCUAAUAGCUGCUGAACAUUUCUAGGGACAGGAUUAUUCCUGACCAUGUGACCACCUGAAAGAUUCUGUGGGAAGGUCUCAAUUGCAUACUCCUCGUGUCCUCUCUCCUC